CUCCAUCGAAAUAACUGCUGCUAAGGUAAACGACAUUAAACCGAAUAUCCCGCCCCAGAAAGCCCGCAAAUGCAUUUUUGAUCUAACGUUGUCUGGUUCCGCUUGUUCGCUGGAGUCCUCGGCUCAAAACAUUUUGGUUUCGAAUUGCUUUUAAGUCCCGGAGUGGACUGUUUUAUCUGAUGGUAGGACUGCGGCUUGGGAUAUCGAAUAGGCGCGCUCCAGACGACCCUACCUGAGUUGUGUGCCGGCUCGACGCCACCCCUUCUCCCCUGUCCUCCUCCCCCUCCCCCAAACCGUCUCACCACCACCCAGACGCCAGGACUACUUACCACUUGGUGGAUAAGAGCCCCGCGUCUGAGCAGGAAAAACGUGCCAGGUUCUUUGGAUAACCAAACAGGCGAGGCGACAAUUGGACGAUAAUGAAGUCCUCUACAGCCCACUCUACAGCCCUAUUGACUACGAGGGGAUUUGCUCAAGCUGAUGUUCAUCAGUGUACUUAAACAAUAUUAAUCCCUGUCUUCUCUACUCUAGCAGCUUAUCGUAGAGAGAGACAAGUCAGUGUGGGUGUGGGAAGAUCUUCCCGGUGCGUGAUAUACAGCCAGACUGGACGGACAGGAUCGGGCUAUCUGGCCGGGUGGAAGUGACAAGAACAAGGCUGCCUUUUAGCGGUGAUUUAUGAUGUGGAACUCUGUGGACACUCCGCAGGUCUACCGCUCCCGUGACACGACCCGAGACAACAGCGACGCGCACGCGGGCCUGGCGCCACCGCGGACAAGCCACCCAGAACAACAAGGCCGUUUACCUUCCUUCAGCCACAUGAUGCUCCCAAGCCCAGUCAACUCCACGCCUUUCUCCGUGAAAGACAUCCUCAACCUAGCGGACACCGGCUUCGACGACUCGGAGUCGGGAGGCCUACCGUCCCCAGAGGAGACCAUGCUCGCCACGGUACAACAGAACCACGUCCGCUGUGAGCAACUGACGAUCGGGUCUACCACCACACUCCACGGAGUCUGCGGAAGUACGGCUGCCAUGCUUACGUCCACACAGAAACAGUGCAUGCAAGCCGGCAACAUAGACAGACCAUGUAACAUGGGACUUUUAAAGAAGGACGACCGAAAGGACGACUCCGAUGACGAACCACCGAAGAUUCCUCCACAGGCCCAGCGGCAAAGACAGCGGCGGAAGCCGAGGGUUUUGUUCUCGCAGGCGCAGGUGUUCGAGCUCGAGCGGAGGUUCAAGCAGCAGCGCUACCUGUCCGCACCUGAGCGGGAACAGCUGGCGCAGAUGCUCAAACUGACUUCGACGCAGGUGAAAAUCUGGUUUCAGAACCGCCGGUACAAGUGUAAACGCCAGCGGACGGACAAGACCCUAGAGUUGACGCACCCACCGCCCCGCCGCGUGGCCGUACCGGUGUUGGUACGAGACGGCAAGCCCUGCCAGAUGACGCCGCCGCCGUACAGCGCGCCGUACAACGUCAGCGUCAAUCCGUACGGCUAUAACAUGAACGUACACGGGACUUAUAGCUCCUACAACUUCAACUCUGGAUACAGUACAAACUAUACUACUUACAACGCGACCGUACCGCCCGUACAGACUGUUACUACCAUGCAGCCGCCGCCUUACAGCCUUCAACCUGGCGUUCAUCAAGGGAUCCGAGCAUGGUAACUGUCAAACACCCAACCUCAGAUCCCACCACUGUUGCAACCCGUAUUACUGAGGGAUCCACCUCUGAACACCUCGGACUCCUUACAAAAACUCGCUAGAGGACAUUGACUGACAGAGAAUGUUGUUUCGCGUUGCUGCUGAGGAAAGUUGUCGCAGAAAAAGUCGUCUGAGUUUCGUGAGAGGGAAAAUCGUCUGUGAACUCGAGAGAACUGAACUCGUAAGUGCCAAAAGGGGCCAUCAUGAUCAUAAUAUCGUAUGUAAGGUUUAACCCCAAGUUCAUAUUUUCUGGCGUACUGUAUGUACUUUGCUAUUUAUGUCAUACUUAAAGUUACAACAUAUUAUUUGCUACGGCUUAGGGUCCACAGUAGAUUUCAGGGACUUAUUGUGUAUAUAAUUUUGCAGCGACAUGACACAGUACCGAAAGCAGGGUUGUUUCUGAAACGGUUAAAGAAGAUUAAGAACUGCUUUUCCUACUUCCGCUGUACAAACUCCUUUGUGGAUUUUCCCGCCAGAUUUAGACAAGCUGACCCAUCAGUCUGUCACUAAAUCUGAGAUAAAACACCUCACAGACUGUCUCAAAAAGAUGUUACAACACAUUUUCCGGCAACCUCCCUCAAAAGUUUGGAAUCUCCACAAAUUUUUACAGCUUUAGGGGCUUGUUCGAGGCUUAUUAUGUAUCACACGUUUCAGAAACGUCCCUAUUUACUUGUCUAAACGAAUGUGGAUAGAUAAAAACCUUCUGUGCGGUUGUACUAGAGUAACUGAGCUCCAGUCCUUAUAGAGAGGAGAGAUAUACAGUGUGAAGAUGGUAGGUGAGCAAGGCCAGGCUCUCCCCGAACCCGCCCGACGGACAUAAAACACAUGCCUUAAGAGGAAAGCUCUUGAGACACUGUGUUCAAACUUUCCUUUCGUUCACGGACGGCUCUACAACCCCCUCGUCAAGAUAAGGCUCCGUUAGUGACGACAAACUGACAGGAGAAUCAGACGAUAGUUUCUUUGUUUUCUCAAAUCUGACAGGAAACCCUAGUCACGAACUGCGUACUUGUCGGUUUUGUUCCUAAUACGAAAAAAAGGCUGUAAAGUUUUUACUUUUUAUGUACAGGAGAGUUGAGUUAUAAAAGUGGCAGUCUAGUGACGUUAUUUAAGAAAUGCAGUAAUGCUAUGUAGGAAAUAAAGAGAUUUUCUCGUUCUAAGCCA